AAUUCAGCAUGUGGCAAUAGAUACAAAGUGUUGGUUCACCAGCUAUCACAGGCUGAAGCAGCUGGAACUUAUUUGGGCUCAACAGUUCCUUCAAAUUCAUUAUGGGCUAGGCUGCCAUAUACUGAAGCAGUCGUGCAGAUAGAUAUGGCUGUCUUUAACAUAUUGUACAUGAAAAUGUGUGGCUUCCUCUCAGGGGCGUAGCUAGGGGAGAGGGGGGUCGUGUUCAUCUGUCUCUCUGGCAGCCCCCCAGAGUGAGGGAGAUAAUGAAGAGAAUAGGGAGGGAUGAAGCUGCAGGGCCCUUAGGAGCUGGGGGCCCAUGUUCUUUGAACCCUUUUGCUCAAUUAUAGAUACUCCCCUGCUUCCUCUUAUCAUGUAAUUUUCGUCUGGGCUCUGCUCAGAAUAUUAGGGUGCAUUAGUAAUUUAUAGUCUGUCCUUUUUCAUUUACAUUUUAAACUGUUUUUGUGCUGAAUGUUUAUACCUGUCUAGUCUGUCUUGUACAGUGAAAGCAUUUGGACUCUGCACCAUUGCAUUUUUGGACUAUGAUUGGGUGUGGGUUUUCCUUCUGCUUCUUGUGUCAUUCUGAUCUUAAUGUCCACUGAGAAUACUAGAAUCCUACUGGAGAAUUAUUACUACUUUGUUGUGGAUCAUAAUAAAUAAAUUGCCCCCUCUUCUACUCCCAACCUUGCGAUUUAAAAAAAAUUGUGUACAGAGAUUUAUUUCUACCAUCUGCUUUAUAUUUUGAGGUUGUAUAACAUCAACUUUAGUUUUCUGAAAGGUUUCCAUGCUCAUUGUCAGGAGUAUAAUGUUAGUUAAAUUACAUAGACUAAAUGCUGAAUCGUUUUAACAUGUGGAACUAAUUUUCUUGCAUUCCCCCUUCCUUCUUUGGCUUUUAAAAAGUACCUUGAUGACAUUUUUGGUAAAUUUCCAGCUCUUCUUUGCUGCGGGUAAAUAUGGAUUUCUAAGGGGUUAUGUCUAGAAAUACAGUGCCCCUGUUGGGGCUUCACUCCAGGUUUUUAUGGCCUCAGUCUAGAAGUUUUUUAAUAUGAGCAUUGCAUUGAGUAAGUACACUGUCUCAUUGACUUAUAAAUAAAAUGUUAAAAAAGAAAAGCACUUUUGCCUACAGUGGGCUGUACCAGAAAUGAAACUUGGUAGAAAAAGGUUUUAUCCUUUGCAUAAACAAUUGUGGUUCUAGUAAUUUGAUCUUUUCCCCGUGAUUUUGAUAAAUUUUGAAAGAUUUGAGUCACUGAUAAAUGGGAGGAAAGAAUAGAGGCAAUAAAGGCAUUAGGAAUCAGAAAACCCCUCCCCUAAACCUCUGUCCCAGUAAAAAAAAACCUUUUUGAAGUGUCUCAGAAAAGCAAUUCCUUUUCAAUCUGUUUGAAAACUAAAUAAAUGAAGAUAAUGGAAUUUUUUUGAGAUACUAACUAGAUUAUUUCUUAAGCACUACUGCUUUGUAGCAAGUGCAGAGUGUCAUCUUUACUGCUUCCUCCCCCAUUCCUAGCUGGAUCCUUAUCUGCGGCCUUCAGAUUAAGAUAAGGUUCCAUAGCAAGGUGGUCUUUUCCAUCAAAGAAGGAAGAAAAGAAAAAGAGGUGAAUGAAGCCAGCCUUGUAAUAAAGUUACUUGUAAUAAAAGUAAUUCCAAAAAAAGUUACUUACCUGUUUAUGGGGAAUUAUUGCAAAUAUUGGGUAAAAUCUGUGGUGGGUUCAUGAGCAGAGGGAAGAAAUAAAUAAGGAGAAUGACCCUUUCUAAACUACCAAAGAGUUUCAGGGCAUUUACCAUUGUUGGCAACAGUAAAGUUUUUUCUUUAACCGAUUUAAUCCAUUCCUUUGCAACAGCAGCUUUAACAGUAUGAAACACCGGUAAUGUUGCCACAGCUGGCUCCUGCCAAUUUCCAAUUUCCGUUCUCUAGAAUGCAGUAAGAAAUGAUGCUAUGACAUGUAACAUCAUUUCCUGGUGCAUUCUAGAGGGGAAAAUGUCAAUUGAUAGUAGCCAGACACUAAGAACAUUGACUGACAUCCUGACUAAAUUUACUCAAGGAAGUCCCAUUGAAAUUAAAAAGACGUUAGGAAUACCAAAUUUAGUCAGGAUGUUGGCCAGUAUCAGCAUUUCAAGUGCUGCUAAAGCCACUGCUACCUACAUAGACACAACAUUUUAAAAGUUGUGUCACUCACCCUGGAUAUAAUUCCUGGUUGCCUGUGGCAUCCAGGUGAGUACUUAACUACAGGACUGAAGGAAGCACAUAUGAGAACAGAAUAGUUUUGACUUAUUCCUAAAGGUGCCACCUAAGGAAAGGCCCUAUCUCUAGUUGCCACUUCACCUAACCUCUUGAGUUAGCAGCACGUGGAGAAGGGCCUCAGAUUAAUCCCUGAGUGCCUGGCGAGUUAAAAAUGAUUGGGCCUGUAUGGUCAUUCAUAUUUAUUCUCUCUCUCUCUCUCUCUCUCUCUCUCGUUACAAUUGGAAAAGGUGUGCAUUGUCAUGCUGUGGAGGGGUGUUUCUGUUGCGGUGUGCAUUGUCAUGCUGUGGAGGGGUGUUUCUGUUGCAGGGCAAGAGAACAAAUUAAAAUUAUAAAACAGGACUCAUUGAAGAGUUAAAUACAAUACACCCACCCUCACUCUGAACCAAUGCAAAGCCAUGGUGGUUGCUCUCAAGUUGAUAUCCCAACAAUAUGUUGGAAUAUCUGAUCAUGGAUCCUCCUGCCUUACUUGUAGUUUUGUCACAAGGCUGGUGCUUGGGCUAGGUUAGGAACUGUUGGUUUCUCUCUUCUGCCCAUUUACUUGUGACACUGGCAACCUAGAAUCAGUACAGGUGUAUGAAACAUCAUGCUCCCAAGCAAAAGUUCAUCAGUUGUAUUGCUAGAUUGGUUCACACACUGAGAAUGUUUUCCACUCAUGUCUUCUACCACAUGCAGAAUUGACAGGUGACUCAGGUAUAUGCCUGUACUUCCCACAUGCUACAAAUUCUAACAGUGGGAGGAUCACUGUAAUUAGUGGGGUAUUGUGCGUCUGUGUGUGCCAGUUGUUCUUUUUAAAAACUUUAUUCAUUUAUAUAAAAUAUAUAUCCCUUUCUUUUCUCUUCAACGUAGAGAUGCUAAAGGAAGCUCCACAGACUCUUAGGAAUGGUGUUUUAGUGAUAUUGGGACUGCAGAGGAGGAAGGAAUGAGAAAAACACCUUGUGCUCACACUCCUGCGCUAGUGUUGCUGUGGAUACUAGCCAUUAAGUCCUCUGUAUGAACAGCCCUUGUUUUAGUUCUGUUGUUUUCUUACAUUUACCCUAUUUUUGGUGUGCUCCCGUUUUUGGUCUUCACAAUUUCUUUAGCUUCAUUGUUGGAAUACAAAUUUUGAAAGACAGCAGUGUUUAAGUUUCUAAAUUUAACAUGAUAGGCAAAAUGUUGAUAAAAGAUUUAUUGUUAAAAUAUCACAAAAGUGCAUGUUUACUUAAAAAUGUAAGCUACAUAGACAAAUGGAAGAUUAUCAGUAUUCUGACUGCUCUAAUUCAUGACUAUUCAUAUUUUAAAACCUUCCUACACUGCAUGUGUGAAAGUUUAGGUGAGGGGCCAGCUUCACAUUAAGGGGAGAAACCUCAUUUUAUUGAGGGACUAUUUCCUCAUUCUUUUUGAUGUGCAGAAAUGUAGCAAUUUGUGAGUAGAAAAGAAAAUACAGUAUUUUGCAUCUAAAUAGCACCAUUUAAUGUAUUUUCUUCUUAUGUUAAAUUAUCUCUUCAUCUAAAUGGAGAGUAGAUAAUCUAUGGAUCAGAGGUUUUUAUAAAAAUGUAGAAAGCGGGGAAGUUUCAGUGUUGGGCUUUCCAGAAUACUUGUGUUUUGUCUCUUUAAUCACUUUAGGCUCACAGGGACUUGUAAACUCAGAAGAUUUACUGCAGUCCUCUCCAGGGGUGGCCUUAGAAUUAAGAGUUCAAAUUUCUGAAAUUCCUGAAGUCCCCAAGAGGGAAAGGAAUAAGGGAAAGUGACAGUCAUAAGAUCAGUGGAACAAAAUUCUGACUGUGCACUUUAGCACAGAUCUGUUUGCUGUCUAGAUCAAUUCAUGUGGAUGGCCAAGGAUGUAAACAAAGUGGCUGCAGAUUAUCAAAAUUCCAUGUUUCCCAGGAAGUGCACCUGGAGGAAAGAUGAGUUGGUCUCAAAAAAAAAAAAGAAAGAAAGAAAGAAAGAAAGAAAGAAAGAAAGAAAGAAAGAAGAAGAAGAAGAAGAAGAAGAAAAGAGGAAGUAUCAAAGAUAUUUCCUCUCCUUUGGAAACCUUCAAUCACUAUAUCUAGCGGAUAUUCAACUCCUUUGUAUAUACAGAAAAAAUAUCAAAUGGAGAAAGUGAAGUUCAACAGCUAGCCAAAAAAAUCCGUGAAAAAUUCAACCGUUAUUUGGAUGUGGUAAAUCGAAAUAAGCAUGUAGUGGAAGCAUCAUACACUGCUCAUUUGACGUCACCCCUGACUGCUAUUCAAGACUGCUGCACCAUUCCACCAUCCAUGAUGGAGUUUGAUGGAAAUUUUAACACAAAUGUGUCUAGGACUAUUAGCUGUGAUAGACUGUCUACCACUGUGAACAGCAGAGCAUUCAAUCCUGGACGUGAUUUAAACUCUGUUCUUGCUGACAAUCUGAAAUCCAACCCAGGAAUUAAAUGGCAAUAUUUUAGUUCAGAGGAAGGUAUUUUUACUGUGUUUCCAGCUCACAAAUUCCGAUGUAAAGGCAGUUACGAACAUCGCAGCAGGCCCGUCUACGUCUCUACAGUUAGACCUCAGUCUAAGCAUAUAGUUGUCAUUGUUGACCAUGGAGCUUCAGUUACAGAGACACAACUCCAGAUUGCCAAGGAUGCAGCUCAAGUUAUUCUGAACUCAAUAGAUGAGCAUGACAAAAUCUCUGUGUUAACUGUGGCAGACACAGUAAGAACCUGCUCCUUGGAUCAGUGCUAUAAGACGUUUCUGUCUCCUGCCACCAGUGAGACAAAAAGGAAGAUGUCCACCUUCGUUAGCAAUAUUAAGUCAUCUGACAGCCCUACCCAGCAUGCGGCAGGAUUUCAAAAAGCAUUUCAGUUGAUACGAAAUACAAACAAUAGCACAAAACUCCAUGCAAAUACAGAUAUGGUCAUUAUUUAUUUGUCAGCUGGAAUAACAUCAAGGGAUUCAUCAGAAGAUGGUAAAAAGACAACGCUUCGGGUCAUUAAUGAAGAAAAUAGUUUUCUUAACAACUCGGUAAUGAUCCUCACAUAUGCUCUCAUCAAUGAGGGAGUGACAGGUUUAAAAGAAUUGGCCUUUCUCCGAGAUCUUGCAGAACAAAAUUCGGCAAAGUAUGGAGUGCCUGACCGAACUGCUCUGCCUGUGAUAAAGGGGAGCAUGAUGGUCUUGAACCAGCUGAGCAACUUAGAAACCACAGUGGGUCGGUUUUAUACAAAUCUUCCAAAUCACAUGAUUGAUGAAGCAGUCUUCAGUUUGCCUUUCUCCGAUGAAAUGGGAGAUGGUCUGAUAAUGACUGUAAGCAAACCUUGUUAUUUUGGAAAUUUACUACUAGGAAUUGUUGGAGUUGAUGUUAACCUGGCAUAUAUUUUGGAGGAUGUCACUUAUUAUCAAGAUUCUUUGGCUUCUUAUACAUUUCUGAUAGAUAAUAAAGGAUAUACACUUAUGCACCCCUCCCUUACCAGACCCUAUUUGCUUUCGGAACCACCACUUCAUACAGAUAUCAUACAUUAUGAAAAUAUCCCAAAAUUUGAAUUGGUUCGACAGAACAUUCUCAGCCUCCCUCUAGGCAGUCAGCUUAUUACAGUUCCAGUGAACUCCUCCCUAUCUUGGCAUGUAAACAAACUGCGUGAAAUUGGGAAAGAUGCCUACAACGUGAGUUAUGCCUGGAAAAUGGUUCAAGAUACAUCAUUCAUUUUGUGUAUUGUUGUGAUACAGCCAGAAAUACCUGUAAGACAGCUUAAAAACCUAAACACAGUACCCAGUAGCAAGCUACUAUAUCAUCGACUGGAUCUCUUGGGUCAGCCCAAUGCUUGUCUACAUUUCAAACAACUGGCAACCCUAGAAAGCCCUACAGUAAUGCUGUCUGCAGGUAGUUUCUCUUCUCCUUAUGAACAUCUGAGCCAACCUGAGACCAAGAGGAUGGUGGAGCACUACACAGCAUACCUUAGUGAUAACACACGCCUCAUUGCCAAUCCUGGGCUGAAAUUCUCUGUCAGAAAUGAAGUAAUGGCUACCAGUCACGUCACAGAUGAAUGGAUGACACAAAUGGAAAUGAGUAGCUUGAACAGUUACAUUGUCCGCCGUUACAUAGCAACGCCCAAUGGGGUGCUUAGAAUUUAUCCUGGUUCCCUCAUGGACAAAGCAUUUGAUCCCACUAGGAGACAAUGGUAUCUCCAUGCAGUGGCAAAUCCCGGAUUAAUUACUUUUACUGGGCCCUACUUAGAUGUUGGAGGAGCUGGCUAUGUGGUUACCAUAAGUCACACCGUUCAUUCUUCAAGUUCACAAAUGUCUUCAGGCCAUUCUGUUGCUGUGAUGGGCAUUGACUUUACUCUGAGGUAUUUCUACAAGGUACUAAUGGACCUACUACCAGUUUGUAACCAGGAUCGAGGCAAUAAAAUAAGAUGCUUUAUUAUGGAGGACAGAGGAUAUCUUGUGGCACACCCAACCCUUAUUGAUCCCAAAGGCCAUGCUCCAGUCGAACAACAACAUAUUACACACAAGGAACCUCUGGUUGCAAACGAUAUUCUGAACCACCCAAACUUUGUGAAGAAAAACCUUUGUAACAGUUUCAGUGACAGAACAGUCCAGAGGUUUUAUAAAUUUAAUACCAGUCUGAUGGGUGAUCUGACAAAUCUUGUGCAUGGCAGCCACUGUUCUAAAUACAAGCUGACAAGAAUACCUGGAACCAAUGCCUUUGUUGGAAUAGUGAAUGAAACCUGUGACUCGCUUGCCUUCUGUGCCUGUAGUAUGGUAGAUAGGCUCUGUCUUAACUGUCACAGAAUGGAGCAGAAUGAAUGUGAAUGUCCUUGUGAGUGCCCUCUGGAGGUUAAUGAAUGUACUGGCAACCUUACCAAUGCAGAAAGCAGGAAUCCUAGUUGCGAAGUCCACCAGGAGCCAAUGACAUUCACUGGAGUCGAUCCCAGUCUACAAGAUGCUCUUCCGCAGUGUAUUGAUACUCGGUGUAACCAGAGGAUGGAGAGCGGGGAUUGUUUUGGUGUCUUGGACUGUGAGUGGUGCAUGGUGGACAGUGAUGGAAAGACCCAUCUAGAUAAAUCCUACUGUGCCCCUCAGAAAGAAUGCUUUGGGGGCAUUGUGGGUGCCAAAAGCCCCUAUGUGGAUGACAUGGGAGCCAUCGGAGAUGAGGUGAUAGCUUUGAAUAUGAUAAAAAGUGCUCCAGUUGGCCCUGUCGCAGGCGGUAUUAUGGGGUGCAUAAUGGUGCUUGUUCUAGCGGUCUAUGCCUAUCGUCACCAGAUCCACCGCAGAAGUCAUCAGCAUAUGUCCCCACUUGCAGCACAAGAAAUGUCAGUCCGGAUGUCCAACCUGGAAAACGAUAGGGAUGAGAGGGAUGAUGACAGUCAUGAAGACAGAGGUAUCAUCAGCAACACUCGGUUUAUAGCAGCAGUUAUUGAGCGGCACGCACAUAGUCCUGAACGAAGACGGCGUUAUUGGGGCCGGUCAGGAACAGAAAGUGAUCAUGGUUACAGCACUAUGAGUCCUCAGGAAGACAGUGAAAACCCUCCCUGCAAUAACGACCCUUUAUCAGCUGGGGUAGAUGUGGGAAACCAUGAUGAAGAUUUAGACCUGGAUACCCCUCCUCAAACUGCUGCACUCUUGAGUCACAAGUUCCACCACUAUAGGUUGCACCAUCCAGCACUUCAUCACAGUCACCAUUUACAGGCUGCUGUCACAGUACAUACUGUAGAUGCAGAAUGCUAAUGACCUCUGAACCUGGGGGAAACGCAGUUAGUGAAGACUAAUCCAGGCAGCAAUGGGCAGAAUUGUGUUUUUAGCAGGCAUGGUUUUGACUAAUGUCAUGAGAUGACUUUCAUGUGAAAAUUUUACAUUUCUAAAGUGUAAGGUUGGCUCUGAAGUGGAGAAGAAAUAAGCAUGAUGAAUGAACCUGCCAUAACAUUCAAUAAAAUGUAACAGUAGGAAUGUGAAGCCUCCAAACACAGGAAGAAAGGUUUACACAGUAGACUGAGCCUCUUGAACCAUGUUGAUCUGAGCCAAGAAAAGACUGUGCUCAGACAAAGAGAGGCGGGGAAGAGAGAGAGAGAAAGAGAGAGAGAGAGAAAUGUUUGCUUUCCUUAACUGGAAGAACAGAAAUCUUUGCAGCUGGAGACCAAGAAGGUGCUGGUUCCAGAAAUAGUCAUUGCCACGAGGUUUCCAUUUGCUGAUUUUUUAAAAAGUUCAUUGCUCUUACAAAUUGCUGUAUGAGACCUGGGACAGUGCAUCUCAAGAUUUUUAAAUAAAGGAUUAUUUUUGUACUAUU